AUGGUUGUAAAUAUCCAAACUUUGUUCACAGAUAUCUACAAUGCGGAAUCCAGGAAUGUUCUGAGGGAGGGGAAGUCGCACUGGCGAAACAGGGAGAGGAAGAGAGCGGGAGACGCUCCCCUCCUCUGGAUCCGCUUGUGCACAGAUAUCCAAUAGAAUCCUGAGAAAACUGAAAGUCCAUUACAUUCUGCCACUUCUUGUUCGAUUUCUACUUCAUGUACUUUAGUAUUAAAAUUGACUUAGCUUGGGUUAACCAAUGAUCUAACAAGGAUAUUCAUUUCUUGUUAAAUCUUUUAUUCAACCUAGUAUGGAUGUAAAGGAUUUU